CAAUAGGAGCAGCUCUUUCAAACUUCGGCCAAAGCAACGGCGCCGCUGAUUGGCUGCCUGCUGCAACAGCUGAACACAACCCAGACAGUUGCAGCUGCUGUUGCUUCUUCAAGAGUCGGCUUUAAUCCUCCGGAUCUGCAGCUGCAUACAGGCCCAGUGCACCACAGCCAUGCAGGCUCAGGAAGUCCUCCGGCACCUGCGCAUCCCCGAGCUGGACGACGUCCGGCAGUACGUGCGCGGUUUCCCCACCAACGCCCUGAUGGGAGUGGGCGCCUUCGCCGCCAUCACCACCUACUGGUUCGCCACCCGGCCAAAGGCCCUGAAGCCGCCCUGCGACCUCGGCCUGCAGUCGCUGGAAAUACCGGGCGGCGAACGCGCCAGAAGGUCCAUCCUGAACGAGAGCGACGACAACAUGACGUGCUACUACAGCGACGUGCGCACACUUUACCAGAUGUUCCAGCGCGGGCUCCGGAUUUCAAAUGACGGGCCCUGUCUGGGAUCGAGGAAACCCAACCAGCCGUACGAGUGGCUGUCCUACAGAGAGGUGUCGGACCGAGCGGAGCACAUCGGGUCGGCGCUGCUCCACAGAGGACACUCUCACACCGGAGACAAGUUCAUCGGCAUCUUCUCCCAGAACAGACCAGAGUGGACCAUUUCAGAACUGGCCUGCUACACCUACUCCUUGGUGACGGUCCCGCUGUACGACACGCUCGGCACCGAGGCCAUCGCCUACAUUCUUGACAAAGCUGCCAUCUCCACGGUGAUCUGCGACGCGGCGGAUAAGGCCCGGCUGAUUCUGGGCUGCGUCGACGGGUUGGGCCGGACGGUGAAGACCAUCGUUCUCGUGGAGGCGUUUGAGCGCGACCUGGUGGAGCGUGGACAGGAGUGUGGAGUGGAGAUCCUGAGCCUAAAGGACUUUGAGGCCGUGGGUAAAGCCAACCUCCAAAAGCCAGUGCCUCCUGGACCAGAUGACCUCGCUCUCAUCUGCUUCACAUCUGGAACCACCGGAAACCCAAAGGGUGCAAUGCUCACUCAUGGAAACGUUAUCUCCAACACGGCAGCUUUCAUGAGAGUGACACAGGUACACUGCAUGCUGACCCGCCAUGACACUCACGUAUCCUAUCUCCCUCUAGCUCACAUGUUUGAGAGGGUUGUACAGGGCGUCAUCCUCAUCCAAGGAGCUCGAAUCGGCUUCUUCCAAGGCGACAUCCGACUUCUGAUGGACGACCUGAAAACUCUGCAGCCGACGGUUUUCCCGGUCGUCCCACGUCUCCUCAACCGCAUGUUUGAUAAGGUGUUCAGUCAGGCCAACACGCCGCUGAAGCGAUGGCUGCUUGACUUCGCCUUCAGGAGGAAGGAGACGGAGUUGAAGAACGGGGUGAUGAGGAAGGACAGCAUGUGGGACAAACUCAUCUUCAAAAAAGUGCAGGCGAGUCUGGGCGGCCGGGUGAGACUCAUGAUCACGGGAGCAGCACCGGUUUCUCCGACCAUCCUGACAUUCCUACGCGCUGCUCUGGGCUGCCAGUUUUACGAGGGCUACGGCCAAACCGAAUGCACAGCUGGCUGCACCAUGUCAGUACCCGGAGACUGGACAGCAGGCCAUGUAGGACCUCCUCUGCCCUGCAACGCCGUCAAACUGGUGGAUGUGGCAGAAAUGAAUUACCUGGCAGUCAACGGGGAGGGAGAGGUGUGCGUCAAGGGACCAAACGUAUUCCGGGGAUACCUGAAGGAUCCCGAGAGAACGGCCGAGGCCAUCGACGCGGACGGGUGGCUGCACACGGGAGACAUCGGGAAAUGGCUUCCGAACGGGACGCUGAAGAUCAUCGACAGGAAGAAGCACAUCUUCAAGCUGGCACAAGGAGAAUACAUCGCCCCCGAGAAGAUAGAGACCGUGUACAAUCGCUGCGACGUCGUGUCCCAGAUAUUCGUUCACGGUGACAGUUUACAGGCCUGUCUGGUGGGGAUUGUGGUGCCUGAUCCUGACUUUCUACCUGUCUGGGCCAAGAGAAAAGGGAUCGAGGGAUCCCUCUCUGAGCUGUGCAGCAACAAGGAUGUGAAAAAGGCCAUUUUGGAGGACAUGCUGACGCUGGGGAAAGAAGCGGGGCUCAAGUCGUUUGAGCAGGUCCGAGACAUCGCCUUACACCGCGAGAUGUUCUCCGUCCAGAACGGUUUGCUGACGCCCACGCUGAAGGCAAAGAGGGCGGAGCUCCGCACACACUUCCGGGAGCAGAUUGAUGGACUUUACGCGAGAAUCAAGAUGUGAGCCAAACCUCCGAGUACAGAGGCACAAGGAGGAGUCAGCCUUUGUUUGUUCCUGACAAUCUGAAGCUUUGGACUGGUAUGUUUUACUGGUGUGGUUAGUAAAUCCCUACCAUCCCUGUCUAUUCAAAAGGACAAGGUUGGGGAUGCUGCGUAGUAGAGGUACAGUAAGGUUUUAAAGGAAGUGGGACUUUUAUAUGACCAUGGACUAUGUUGAGUAUCUUAAACAUCAGUUUAAGCCUUAGGGAGACAAAAAUCCAACAAAUAUGCUUUUAACAGUGACAAAUAUUAACUAUUUAUGUGCCAAACUGUUUCAUGUUUUGGUUAUCUAUUUAAGUUGAUAUUUAAUGGAAUCAUCAAGCCUGUAAAUAGUGAAUCUGCCUAAAGACUAUUUAAAGGCAGAGCAUGUGCCUGAUGCUCUGUAGGUGUAAGUUCCUUCAUUCCUGUGUUUGUCAGUGCUGCAGACUAAAGAACUGAUGAACCUGUGUCAGUGCCCAAUCAUGUUGCUUUACAGAUAAUUUAUUUUUCUGACUGUUUGCAUGAAAACGCGUUGCAUGGAACGAUUCUGAUUUCAGUGCCACAAGUUGCGGGAUAGUCACACACUUCUAAUCAUGUUGAGGACUCAAUGAGAGUAGUGGUUAUAAUGUAAAGCACAGUUUUGUAAGUAUAGUAUCAAUGUCAGCUUUAUCAAAUAAACUGUCUUAAUAUUUCCUCAGA